UUGUCCUGAAGCAGUCUUACAUAAACACAGACAUAAACGGACUAUGCUUUGAUUGUUCCCUAAACAUUUCAGCAUGGCGUGUGGUGGGUAUGUUUGUUCCAAAAAUGCCCUCUGUGUGCUGAACAUCAUUUAUGUGAUGGUGAGUCUUCUAAUGGUUGGGGUGGCAGCAUGGGGCAAAUGGUUCGGACUGGUCUCCAGCUUCAGAGUGAUGGCUGCUGUCAUCGCAGUUGGAUUAUUUCUCUUCCUUGUGGCCAUCGUGGGUUUAUGUGGAGCUGUAAAGCAUCAUCAAGUUCUUUUGUUCUUUUACAUGCUCAUACUUUUCAUAGUAUUCAUUGUGCAGUUCUCGGUUUCGUGUGCCUGCUUGGCAAUCAGUAAAGAACAACAGAACCUUCUCUUGGAGAUAGGAUGGAAUAAGUCUGAAUCAAUGCAGAGGGAUGUGGAGAAAUCGUUGGACUGCUGUGACUUUGAGCAAGUUAACUUUAAUGGAACGUGUGAAGCGGCCUGUUUCAAGAAACUUACAUGUGAACCGUGUUCAAUGAAAAUCCAGGCGUAUGCAGACGACGCUUUGCGUUUCGUUGGAGGAAUCAGUCUGUUUUUUAGUUUUACAGAGAUUUUUGGUGUCUGGCUAGCCCACAGAUACAGGAAUCAGAAAGAUGCUCGACAAAAUCCUGGUGCUUUCAUUUAAAACACUAUAGCAAAUGAUUUUCAUAAUAAGAUCAUUAUUUUUUUUUCAAACAAACCACUUGCUGUACAACAAAUUCAAUGUUUCAUUCAUCUUUAAACACAUUUACUGAACGCAGAUCAUGAAUCAUGCUUCUGCUACUUUGUUGACUUUAUGUUAAAUAUUUAUUACUACUGCAUAUGCAAGGAUGUUUAUCAGAAUUGAACUUUGAUAAAAAUAUAAUUAGCCUUGAAUGAAUAACUGUGAGUUAAUUUGAGUUGAAGAUAUAAUGUGAAAAUACUUCAACUUGACACUGAUACUUGAUCUGAGACCUCAUUUUUUAUAGUUGAUCAUCAAUCAUAUUUGUAGUUAUCAGGAACAUGUCCCAUUGUUAUUCUGUGGGUGUUUUAAAAAUGUUCUGGCAUGUUUUCAACUAGCUAGUGUCAAAUGUUUAUUAAGCUUUCUCACUGCAACCUACACCCAACCCAGUUCCACAUCACGCUAUUGGACCAGGAUAUGAGCAGGACCUACUACGUCAUUUAUUUGUCUUCCACACACCCCACCCAGGUGUUGCUCAGCUGGUUUAUCAAGGAAUUCCUAAUUUUUCCUGUGCUGCCCUCUGCUGGCUAGAUGACUGCAAAACGUUCCAACCUGUUCAUUUGCACUCUUUAAAAAAAUAUUUUUGGUUUCAAUCAUUGAUUACUUUGUGUAGAUUAUCUUUAGUAGAUAUCUGAUAUUACACACUUUAAUGGAACCAUUUGCCUGCCUCAAAACGACAGAAUAAAAUAAUGGGAAAAUAAUCAGAGCCUGUGCAAGAACUUCUGGCAUUCGUUACUUUUGCGUCUGCUUUACAGUUUAUCCUGCAGUUGUUUUGUUUGCCUGUCAUGUACACAUUUGUUUCUCAAAUAAAUUUAGGAGACCUGU